AUGAGCGCUGGAGCAGUGGGGGUGGAAGGGGGCGGAGAGGCGGUGGCGACAAACAGAGGGGACGCCGCCGCGCCGGACGCUGUGCGUGGACAAUGGCCGCCCGCUGAAACAAAAGAGGGCGACGCGGAGACAAAGGGCGGCGGCGCCGUGCCGUCCCCAGAUAGCGGCGACGGCCGCUACAGACGACUUGUUUGUCCCCAGAAAGGCCGCGGUAGCAGAACAGCCGUCGCGCGUUGCGCUGCUGGCCAGAUAUUAAAGGUGCUGCGGCUGUUCGAGGAGCACUCGGACCUGCUGGAGCUGUUCGAGCGUUUCCGGUCGCUGAAGACGCGCGAGGAGCAGGCGAGCAGCAUGGAGCUGGCCGAGCACGCGACCACCGUGAUGAACUCGCUGGACGAGGCCAUCCGGGCGCUCGACGACGCCGACACCUUCUUCACCUUCGUGGAGCAGGUCGGCGCAUCGCACCGCCGCAUCCCGGGCUUCCAGCCGGAGCUCUUCUGGAAAAUCGAGAAGCCUUUCCUUGAGGCAGUGAAGACGACGCUGGGCGAUCGGUACACGGACAACGUGGACACUCUCUACCGGGCGACCAUCAAACUCAUCAUCGAGACUCUCAUCAAUGGAUUCAACAACGCACAGGACAACCCGCAGGUGCAGCAGAAGGAGCAGUCCUCGUGA